GGAAGAGACAAGCUUCUCGAGCUCGAUCGAGAGGUCUGUGGAUGCAGCGGAUGCGACAUUACACCAUCUGGCCUCAGCUAAGGAAACGUUUGGUGACUUGGAGGCUGCUUAUAGGACCUUCAAGCACGAGCUGGAAAUAGUGAAAACUGAGCAUGCUGCACAGGGCAAAGGGUGCCUCAGAUGAACAACUAAAUCAGACACGAGCAGAAUGCAAAAAAUAUCAAGAAGAACUGGUAACGAUUAAGCACACUCUUGCGGAGAGAGACUGGGAGAAGGAGAAUCUCGCGCACGAGGUGACCUCGUGUAAGAACACCGCUAAUGUCUUACAAAAGGAAAAGGAGGAGUUGGAGAAAGAGUUUGCGAGUCUGCAGCAAGAGAUGGCGUCCAUGUCAACGGCAGUUAUCCAAAGAUCUACACUGGAGGAUAAUGAACAACUCCUUGCUGCGAAACAAGAAGCUGCCCACUGGGAGGAGAGUUACAACUGUUUACUGCAAGAGAAGGAAAACUUUCAGAAUGAUUUAGUGGAGAUACAAGACAAACUCGCCAAUAUUCAGGCAGAAUACGAGAGGUCACAGAGGGAACUGAUGAGUUGCAGUAAAAAUUACAAAAUUAAGGUAUCAAAACUGGAGAUGCAGUUACAAAGCGCAACCAAACAGAGAGAAAAUUUCAAGGCACAGCUAAGUGAUUCGCGCGAUGAACUACGCCAAAACAAAGAUACACACUCUCUACUGCAGAAGAAACUCCUCGAGAUACAACAACAAGCUGACAACGCUAAGGAACAAUUUUCAGCUAAACAACGCCAAGUAGAAAAACUUGAAGUCGCCAACAAAGAUCUCGUGUCUAGGAUGGAAGAUUUAAAGGAGGAGAUGAAGAAACAGAGAAUGUCUUUGGAAUUGCAUGCCACGCAAAAAAAAGGUGUUGAAACAGAGUUGAACUUGUCGCAGUCAAAAGUUACCGAGUUGGAUACUGGUUUACAAUCAGUAAAAACUGAAAAAGAUGAUCUCCAGAGACAGCUAUUUGCUGUGUCAAGUAAGCUUACAACUACGGAAGAGACUAAUAGGAAGAUUCUUGAGAGAAUGACAGAACUUGAAAUGGAGAAUUCGAAACUGCACGAUACUGUUUCGGAACUAGAAUCAGAAAUAUUUGCUCAAGGAAGAAAAGUAUCACAGUUGGGACCUAGUUAUGCUCAGGCCCAAGAUGAUAACGAAAGGCUUAGUAUUAAACUUGAAGAAUCUUCAAUUAAAAUUAGCCAGCUGGAGUCCAGUUACGAAGCAGUAGUUAGCGAGAAAGAUGGACUACGGGAAGAGCUCACUUUAUCUGAACGACGAAUUACUGAAACAAGGUCUCUAUUACAGAAAACUGAAGAUGUUUGCAACGAGUUAGAAGAGAAGAUGGCAGCAAUGAAAAGUCAGAUGUUUAAGUGUGAAGGGCAAAGAGAAAGCCAGUCUAAACAGAAGGCAAACCUAAAAGCCGAGCUGGAGGAAGAGAGGUCCAAGGUCACAAAAUUAAAAGCAGAGCUUGCAAGAAUAAAAAGUCGUUAUGAUGAGUUUCAGAGAAACGCAGAUCUAAAGCUAAAGGAGUCCGGCAACAAAGAUAAAACUAUCGAGAAUUUGAGAGCCUCCGUGACGGCGCACGAGCUGAAGACAGAAUCUAUACUCAGUGAGGUUACCAAACUCCAAGCACAGAUUGAGAUAACGGAGGAAGAGAAAAGAGAACUGCGAGAGGAGACUUUAGACGCGCAGAAAAGAGUCCGAGAUGCGGCUGCCGAAAACCGACAGACGUCCGAAGAGAACGAAAAAUUAAACCUUGAGGUUCAGUCGUUUUACAAAAGAUUAUCCGAGCUACAAGCCUCUUUCAACACAUGUGAGCAUGAAAAGUUCGAUUUCCAACACCAAACCAUGGCUUUACAGCAGAAGGUUAGUAGGCUGGAGGCUGAGAUCGACGAAUCUGUCAAGCAGCGCUCUGCGAGCGAAAUACGAAUCCAGGAAUGCACUGCCACCCACAAUGCUGUUACUCAAGAGAUAAAUUUACUUAAGAGUCAGCUGCUCGAGCAGCAGUCUGUCAACAAUGACCUCCGCAAGGAUAUAGCAGAAAAAGACGCACUGUCCAAACAGCUUCAAGAGGAAUUAAAUGUGCUUAACGUCAACUCCGACGCUUGCCAUAAAGAGCUGAAAAAUGUGAAGAACAUGCGGGAAAUGAGUGAAAAGGAGAAGAAAAUGUUACACAAUGACCUUGUGAGUAAACAGGAGGAGUACUCAAGAGCACAGGCCCUUUAUGAAGCAACGUUAAAACGUAAAGAGCAGCUAGAGGCAGAACUCAAUACAGCACAGAACCAGAUUGCGAGCAUGGAAUUGUCUUUGAAGAGGUCUGCAGCCGCUGACAAGGCUAGAGAACUGGAUCACGAGCGAUCGCGGGCAAGUGAGCUUGCCAAACAAUUAGCAACAUAUAAAAGCAAAGUCAGCUCACUGGAGUCUCUGUCUGAGCUUACGAAGAACGACAUUCAAGGCGUCCUCGACGAAUUAGAAGAAGCAGAAAACAAAAUGUCUGUUUUGAAGCAAGAGCUGGAAGAGACGGUGGCAAAUAAAGAAGAACGGGAGCAAAAAUUAAGCCUUUUGGAGAAACGGAACUCUGAGCUUGAACAAGAGGUUUUGAUGUGUCGACAAAUUAAAGAAAGAUCAGAAGAAGAACUUCAUCUUAUGAGAACGAGGAUCGCAAAAUAUGAAUCACAAAUCGAGACUAUUCAAGAUCAGAGAGCACAGCUCAAGGAACAACUUGAUGCAAACAGCGCUAAGCUUGUUUGUGAUAAAGAUCAAAUUAUGCGACUGGAGAGCCAGGUUAUCGAAGAAAAGAAGAUUAAAGAAACCGUUAACAAAGAGAUUGUCAGGAAAGAGCAGCUCGCGGACGAACUUCAAGUGAAAAUCAGAUCUGCAGAAGCGGAAUUAGAGAAGGCAAAAAAUGAACUUAUUACCAUAAAAGUGACAAAUGAGGGGCUGAGAGCAGAGAAAAGCGAGUACGAAGGCAGGUUAACAUCUUUGCGAGAGAAACUUCAACAACGUGAGACAGAAGUGUUUGCGCUUAGAGACUCAGUCAUGAGGUUAGAGCAAGAAAUAAGUAGUUCUAAAUUAAGGACUUCGAGUCUAGAAGCCCGGAUAUCGAACCUUGAACUUGAUAAAAAUGACUACAAAACCCGAUGGGAGGAGUCCCAAAGCGGACUUGCAAGGCUAAAGACGGAUAUAAAGGUUUGUCACAGCCAGAUCCAAGAUAAGGAGAGAUCGUGUGAAACUUUACUCUUAGAGUUAAAGGAAAAAGAGACUGCUUUAGAAAAGGCUAUGAAUGACAAAAUUAUUAUGGAAACGGCCGUAUCAGCAUUGCAACAGGACUUGGAUAUCAUAAAAGCUAAUUAUGAAAGAAGUCAGUCCAGAGCGAAAAGUCUCGAGGAUAGCUUAGAUGAGGCUAACACUAGCAUCUCUAAACUGGAGUCAAGCAGUUUCUUGAGUGAAAAUGGAGAACUUGAGAAGUCUUUUGAUGAGAAGUUAUGGGAAACUGAAGCGUUAUAUCGGCAAAGUCAAGAUAGAGAAAGUUCACUGCGAAAGAAAAUUGAUGACUACAAGAUUAAGAUUAAAAGACUCGAGUCUGAGAAUAGAAAUACUCAACAGGAAAAUAUGGAACACAACCGCGAGAUCAGCCUCCUUCAGAGAAGAGCACAAGAGUAUGAGCUGAAAAUCGAGAAAUUCGAACAAGAGAAGAGAGCUUUGAAAGAAGAGCUGAUUGGGCAGCAUGGGAAAUUGUCCGAUCUGGAAGUGAAAUAUGAAUAUGAGAUCCGUGAGAAGGACUCAGUCAAACGCCAACUUGAAAAUGCACUUCAAAGAGUAUCAGCGAGCCGAGAAGAGUUUUUAGAAAACGAUAAACAACUUAUAGAGCAAAGAAUCGGAGCAGACACCAUAAAGAAAGAGAUGGACGAGAAGGUUCUCAUGAUCAACCAACUGAAAGCUAGCAAACUCUACUUAGAGGAAAGCAUCCAGAGUUUAAAACAAACUUUAGCUGCAUCUCGAGAAGAAUGCGAAAGAAUGAAGGUUGAGAAGGACCGCUUACAACAGGAAAUUUUGACCCUUGAAGCGUCCAACACAGAAUACGAAACACGAAUCCAAAAGCAAGCCCAUGAAAGAGAUCGAGUAAAACUCGAGCAUCAGUCUGCUUUGUCGAAGAUAGCGUCACUGGAACAUCAAGUAAUGGAACAAAAUAGAGAGACUGAAUCACUUUGUGGAAAGGUGGAAGAAUGGAAGAACAAUUCAUUGGUACAUCAAGAAAGUAAAGUGACAGCAGAGGAGCACAUUGCGGAUCUAGAGGCCAACAUAGAUCGACUUAAGACCGAGGCCAUCAAGAAAGAUGCAGAUACAAGAGAGCUUCACGGAAGGUAUGCUAAACUGGAAAUCGAAACUGAUGCUCUGAGGAAGAAACUAUACAGGGUCGAAACGGAGAAUGGUGGGCUGGCUGAACAAUGCAGAAGUCUUGAGGCUCGGAAUAAGUCUUUAUCACGACGUGAGGCUGAUGAAAAUGCAAGUUCUGUUUUACAAGAAAAAAUUUCAAAUCUUGAAAGACAGAUCAAGAUGCAAAAAAGAAAAAUUGUCGAUUUGGAAGCCAGCAGCCGAGAAUAUGUUGCAAAAGAAGGGGAACUGCAAGAAAGUUUGUACGCAGCUCGUGGCAAAGUUUCAAAAUUGGAAUCGAAAUACAGCGUGGUCGUAGCGAGAAAAAACGAGAUAGAACAAGACCUCAUCGCACUGCAAAAAGAAUUCACUCCGUUAAAGGAUGAUCAUCGUCAUUCUGUUGUCCAGUUGGAAACUGUUCAUGGUGAAAUGCAAGAGGCUAAAAACAAGGUCUUAAAAUUGGAAAUGGAGGUGAAUUCAGCUGAUAAUAUGCGAAGGCAGUUAGAGCUUAGAGUUCAAGAGUACAUAGAAAAGCUCAAAAACAGAGACAAUGAGCUGUUAACAGCUCAGCGCGGUUUGCAAGAGGCCCGAUUGCUUCUUGAACACAGAGGCGUGACAAGGGAAGAAAAUGGAUACAGCUCGGCAAAUGACAACCAAAAGCUUCAAAAGGAUGUUUUCGUGCUCCAGCAGGAAUUAAAUAGCACACAGGGUUUAUUGACAUCAGCAAUUAGGGAAAAAGAUGAAUCUUGCAAAGAAGUGUUUAACCUAAAGAGAGUUGUCACAGAGCUGCAAGGAAAACUGGAUGCAUCACAACAGGAGAUUCUAGAACUCCAAACUAGCGUCACUGGUUACCAAAGAAAAAUGACAACGUCUGAUGAAGGAUUCCAGAAGGCACUUCUUGAGCAAUUGACGAUCAAGACCCAGUUGGAUGAGGCCAACAAAAAGGUUGCUUAUAACAAAGAGGAAUUCUAUGAAACGCAGAGGGAGCUUUCCAGCCUCAGAGGUUUGGUUGAAAAUUACAAAAAGGAGCUGGCGAAUAAAGAUAGCUUUUACAGACAGCAAGGCACGAAAGUAAGGCUCCUGGAAGAGGAAUUACGAUCGUUCAAGCUAAGGAUCGCCAGUGGAAGUAAUGAUUAUCACACUAUGAAUCAAGAGUUAGCAAAACUGAGACUCAAGCUCGAUGAGAAAGAUAACUGCAUUUUAAGUUCAGAAGAAAACGUGAAGCGGCUUAUUCAAGAAAACAGCAAGCUCCGUUUCGAAAUAUCUGACGUUCAGGCUCUUGAAACAAAGCAAAGGCACGAUUACAACGAGUCAAGGCAUAAGACGGAACGCCUUCAAGAAGAAAUUAUAUCGUUGCGUGAGAAGAUGUCGUACUUGGAAGCGCAGAGCUCUACUAAAGAAGAAGAACUUCAAGACUGCAGAAAAGAAUUGCUUAUGUUAAAGAGGACUAACUUUGAAAUCAAGUCCCGUUAUGAAUCACUUCAGAGACAAACACAACAAUUACAAGAGGAGUUGUCGGUGUCAAAAGCUAAGCUUAGCAUUGUCGAACAAGAUGAAACCAAGAACAGUUCGCACAUUUCUUUUUCAAGUGGGACAAUGAAAGAUGGACCCAUAGGAGAAAACACAACCCAUUUGGUUUGGAAAAUUGAAGAAAGUACACGUGAAAUUUCUUUACUGGAAAGGAAAGUACUAGAUCUCGAAGCUAAGUUAGCUGCAGUAAGUCAAGAGAAAGAGAGGCUAGAGUGUGAAGUGAUUUGGAGGGCGAAAAGGAUUGACGAUCUCGAAGGACGGGUAUUAAAGGAUGCUAAGCAUGAAACAAAUACAAAUGAUAUAGAACUAAAAUUGAAUGCACUUGAACAUGAUCUUAUUGCUGCCAAAAAUACAAUCGCACGGUUACAAAAUGAGCGAGACGCAUACGAGAAGAAAAUAAAAACAAGUGAUGAAAAGGUCAUCUCGGCUGAACAUAAAGUACUUCAAAUGGAAUCAGCUUAUCUGUACAAGCAAGUUUCUGGAGGCUCUGUAGGCACCUCAAAAUUGGAAUCUUUAGACGGUGAGCUUCAAGUACAGCUUCGGAAAGAGAAUGAACUGAAGAGGUUGAUAGAUGAGGUCAAAAAGAGAAAUGACACUUUAACUGCUGAACUUGUCAGUAACGGAAACGAUGGAAGAAAUUCUGAUGCACUAUCUAGAGAAAGGGUGCUUGCUUGCAGUCUUCAAAAUGAAAACGACUUACUCAAGAAAGAAUUAUCACAAUACAUGGAUAGCUACCAUCGAGCGUACAAAGAAAAACAAAAACUUGCAACUGAAUUCCACGACCUCCAGCUUCAAAUGUCUCGCUGGGAAACAAGUUACCAUGGAAUAAAACGAGAGAAAGACGAUCUUUAUUUCCAGCUUACUGAGUUACAAAAGCGGUUUGAUCAGUUACAAGAAUCGUCACAAACUGAGAAGCAGGUUAUUCGAUACGUUGGCUCUACCGGUGUCACUGAUCAGAAUAUAGGUAUACAAAAGCUUAAGGACGAGAAAGGUAGACUCUCUGGCGAGGUAGCUUCCUUAAAUCUGCUGCUUUCAUCUUAUAAAGAAAAACUCGAUUCGCUUCACUCGGAAAAAGUGCAGCUCCAUGCUAACCUUGAAGACUCCAAGAGGAAGGUAUUCAAUCUCGAACAAGCUAACCACACCCUCACCACAGAGAAGCGUCGACUGGAGCACCAGGUUUCCAUGACACCUGAGAUAAACAAUAAUCGGUCGGAAGAAUUGGAUAGGAGUUUGCAGUCAGAAAGAUUCCAGGAGUGUAUCUACGAACUAGAAAAGGAGACAAGAAAGUUGAAAGCAGAAAAUGACUAUCAUCAGAAGAUUAUGGAGAAGAAAGACGCAAACUUGAGUGAACUUCGCUCGCAAAUAUUGUCCUGGCAGAAAGAGGUAGAGAAACUGGAGAAAGAGUUGUUCGUGGCUAAAGAAGCGUAUGAGAAGUCCGACAGACGAAUGAAAGAAAUCUUCAGUUCUCAACACGAGCCCCUGACGGUUGAAGAUCUUCGAGGCCUAGUCAGCGCCUCACCAAUUCUAAGCAUGCGCAGCAUAUCGGUGACCGAACAAAGCAUUUCAGGGAGAAAUUUGACUGGAGACCGCAGCAUAAGCUUAAGUAACAUUUAUCCCCUAGAUAGCUUUAGCAGUUCAAUUCACUUUUAAGUUAGUUAUCCGGCCGUAACC